AUUUCGGUGGGGGCGCUGGGAUUGAUCCUCUUCGCAGACGAGGAAACCGAAGCAAAUCCCUUUGCCCUCUCUCAGCCCAUUUCUUCAUCUGUAAGAAUGGAAUUGGAAGUCACACGUUUUGAACUCCUGAACCCAAGCUCUUAAAAACCAUGCCCUCUUGCUUUCAUACAACUGCAAUGAUGCCAUUGAUGAUGGAGACACGUGAUGAAUGUCAGGUUCCAGGAGCCAUUCCAGAACAGUGAUGCUCUUUGUGUGAAACGAGCGGCAUGUCUCUGCAGUGCACCAAGUCGGCGGGACUCUGGAAGAUCGUGGUGUGGGAUGAGGAGGGCUUCCAGGGCCGGCGGCAUGAGUUCACGGCUGAGUGCCCCAGCGUGCUGGAGCUUGGCUUCGAGACUGUUCGAUCUUUGAAAGUGCUGAGUGGCGCGUGGGUGGGUUUUGAGCACGCCGGCUUCCAAGGGCAGCAGUAUGUGCUGGAGCGGGGUGAGUACCCAUCCUGGGAUGCGUGGAGCGGCAACACGUCCUACCCCGCCGAGCGGCUCACCUCCUUCCGGCCAGUGGCCUGCGCUAACCACCGCGACUCGAGGCUGACCAUCUUCGAGCAGGAGAACUUCCUGGGCAGGAAGGGAGAGCUGAGUGAUGAUUACCCCUCCCUCCAGGCGAUGGGCUGGGAUGGCAAUGAAGUGGGCUCCUUCCACGUCCACUCGGGGGCCUGGGUUUGCUCCCAGUUUCCUGGCUACCGAGGUUUUCAGUACGUGCUGGAGUGUGACCACCACUCAGGCGACUAUAAGCACUUCCGGGAGUGGGGCUCUCACGCCCAGACCUUCCAGGUGCAGAGCAUCCGAAGGAUCCAGCAGUGAGCCGAGGGGUCGGCGCUGAGCAGGGGACGUGUGCUUGUCUGGAACAGAGGAACCGCGGACGCUGUUGACUGCUCUCUCCUCUUCCUGCCCCGUAACCCGUAUGCACCCGUUAACCCUGUGGGCCAGUCCAUGCACAGUCAGCACGAAAAACUAAAAGUAAUACUAAAAUAAAAGGCCUAGUGUUA